AUCGGGCUACCGGGCGAGGCGGCAGGCACCGGGCCACCGGGCAGGGCGGCAGGCACCGGGCCACCGGGCGGGGCGACAGGCAUCGGGCCCCCAGGAGGGGCGACAGGCAUCGGGCCCCCGGGGCGACAGGCAUCGGGCCCCCAGGCGGGGCGACAGGCAUCGGGCCCCCAGGCGGGGCGACAGGUCUCGGGCCCUCAGGCGGAGCGGCGGGCGGGGACCCCCAGAUGGAGUGACAGGUCUCGGGCCCCCAGGCGGAGUGACAGGUCUCGGGCCCCCAGGCGGAGCGACAGGUCUCGGGCCCCCAGGCGGAGCGGCGGGCGCGCCGGACCCCCAGAUGGAGCGACAGGUCUCGGGCCCCCAGGCGGAGCGGCGGGCGCCGGACCCCCAAGCGGAGCGACAGGUCUCGGGCCCUCAGGCGGAGCGGCGGGCGCCGGACCCCCAGAUGGAGCGACAGGUCUCGGGCCCUCAGGCGGAGCGACAGGUCUCGGGCCC